CUCUCGUCGUCGCAGCACACAACGCAGCGAAAAGGGAGGGAAAACUCUCAGCGAACUCGAAACACACUGCGAAGAUAAAAGAAAAUUUCAGCUGUCUCCUCUGGGACAACUGUCCCGUUGCUGCCAUAGCGCCAAGCCGGCGGAGAAGUCGGCCAAAUCCUAUCUAGUGCCCCUGUGGCAGCGAAUUGGAUCCCGGAAAGCGCGUUUUUUUACGGCGAAACAGGGACUUCUUGCUCUUCUCUUCCGCGAACUUUCGUCUCGAAAGGCGAGCGAGAGACACAUCGUUUUUCUUCUACGUUUUUUGCAUCAAAGGCCGAGUCGCUGCGGACCGCACGGUGAAGAUCAAAAACGCGUGGCCGAGCGAGGAAGAGUGACCCUCCGUCUGUCCAGCUGCCUCGCAGUGGAGGAGAUCCUUUUCAAGGGGUGUUCAGUUUCAAGUUUUCCGCUGAAAAGCAGUGAAUCGCAAGGAAGAGGGGCCUUCACUCUUCCGCGAAAGCGGUUCUCAGGCGUUUCGCCAUUCUUCUCUCGAGUUUAAAGAGAACACACCACUCCCAUGAGUCAUGUUCGAGUGCAGUUAGCUGCACGAGCGAAGAGAGAGAGAGACGGAACUCUCCACGCACCGCUUUGCGGCACACGACUCUUAUUCAAGAUUGAUGGUCACCCUUUUUUAGUUGCUGUCUCCGCAAGCUGGCUCUUGCUUCUGCUCGCCUCCUAGGAGGGAAGUCACCACAUUCGCUCGUACCGCUUCGCCGACAAGUAGGCGAAGUUCGACGCGUCCCGGAAGUUGGAGUUUCUCUGCUCUUUGUCUUCCUUCUUUCUUCGCUCUUCAUCCCGUCGGCUGGUCUUCCUUCGACUUUCACCGCUUGUGCACAGCAGCUGCGAGAGCGAAAAGAAAAUGAAGGAAGAGGUCUGCAAGGCCCUGAGGGAAGGGACAGAACAGUGCCUUCCUUCUGACGAAGAAAGUCCUGGAACUGUGGAGCCACUGAGGGCGGAAGAACUCACGGAACAAGGCGAGAGGACGGUGGCGAACAGGCGACCCUACUCGGCAGAGUGCGAGGACAAGGUCGUCGGCGAACUGAGAGAACGCAUUCGUCAAAGACUCGCGAGACACAAAGCUUUCCUCCUCGACGUUCGGCAGCUCCUAGGAGAAAGGAAUUUCUAUUUCGACAAGCUCAGUUGCAUUCAGCGGAAAAUCCUGGACGACUACGGAGGGACGUCUGUCGGUCGGAAGGUACUGGCGAUCAUCGGAUCUCGUCCUGCAGACUUUUAGCGCUUUUACAUUCUAAAGGCAGCGUCCCGAUCCGUUUUUCCUCGAAAGUGCCUCUCUUGGACUGCUUUCGUCGAUACAUCUCUGUGCCACCUCUUGCGCAUGUGUUGACAAUGCAGCAUGACUAAUGCGAUGUCUGUGACGUUGCGGUUCGUUCUUUACGGAUACGCGCAAGCAAGUCAGCCUCGGUGUGCAUAUGCGCGUGUGGACGGCGGCAAGCAUUCAAAAGUCGAUCUAACUGCAUAUAUCUGUAUAUAUAUAUAUAUAUAUAUGAGUCUGAAAACAGUGGGGAAUUGCUUUCCUUCCGGCAUCCGUUGAGAGAUGGGAUCGUGAGAGACUGUGCUUUCUCUUGUCGGCUCAACCUCUCAUCUCUCCGUCUUUGCUCAGGGUCCCUCAAACGCCUGUCACCCGUGAGGUCGCCUCACGCCUGUGCUCGACCGCAGAACGCGUUUUUCGCGUCACCAAACGAGAAAGUGAAUGGGUACUUCGUGCCAGUUUCGCUUUCGCUCAGUGACGGAGACGCUCCAAACUUUGUUUGAUUUUCGUUCUCUCUCGUUUUCCCCUUUCAUGCGCGAACUCUCUUGUCGAUACUAUUUGAAGGCAUCAGGUCGAUACAAACAGAGGGUUGGGGCCUAGGGAUAAAAGCGCUCGGGUUCGCUGUCUACGCAGUUGAUGCCACUU